CCCUCCCCAAAAUAAAAAUAUUUGUUUUCCCAAAUCACAUUCUUUCCUUCCCACCGAUUCCACAUCAGAAAAUCCCCUGAGCCGUUUACGGCGGUGUCGACGACUUUCCGUCCAACCAUUAGGAUUCUCUCCUGCUGUUUUUUUCUCUUCUUCUAAAAUCCCAAAUUAGGGUUUGAAUUCUGAAAGAAGAAAACAAUAUCAAGUUGUCUUCGGCAACUAUGAUUUACACUGCUAUAGAUACGUUCUAUCUAACGGAUGAAGAACUUCAGAACACACCUUCUCGAAAAGAUGGAAUAGAUGAAGCCACUGAAACGACACUUAGAAUUUAUGGCUGUGAUCUUAUCCAAGAAAGUGGCAUUUUACUUAAAGCACCACAGCAAGUAAUGGCCACCGGGCAGGUUUUAUUCCAUCGAUUCUACUGCAAGAAGUCAUUUGUUCGUUUCAAUGUUAAGAGAGUUGCUGCUAGCUGCGUCUGGCUUGCCUCAAAGCUCGAGGAAAACCCUAUGAGAGCAAGGCAUGUCCUAAAUGUUUUUCAUAGAAUGGAAUGUAGAAGGGAAAAUCUACCCAUAGAACAUUUGGAUGCCUUUUCAAAGAAAUACUCAGACUUGAAGAUGGAUUUGAUUAGGUCAGAAAGACAUUUACUAAAGGAGAUGGGCUUUAUCUGCCAUGUUGAACAUCCUCAUAAAUUUAUUUCAAAUUAUCUUGCCACCCUUGAGACACCGCCGGAGUUGAGACAAGAAGCUUGGAAUCUAGCAAACGACAGUUUGCGUACAACUUUAUGUGUGCGGUUCAAGAGUGCAGUUGUGGCGUGUGGAGUUGUAUAUGCUGCUGCUCGCAGAUUCCAUGUUCCCCUGCCAGAAAAUCCCCCAUGGUGGAAAGCAUUUGAUGCUGACAAGAUGGGUAUAGAUGAAGUUUGUAGAGUUCUAGCUCACUUAUACACUCUACCCAAGGCACAAUAUAUACCUGUAUGCAAAGAAGGUGGUUCAUUUACAGUGUCUAAUAGGUCAUGGGAUUCACCAUCCCAACAACCCCCCAAGGAUGGUCCGCAAAGUGUCCCUCCAAUGCCUGACGAUACAAACAUUAGCAAGGCAUCUCCAACAGCUGUUAAUCCGGACUCCAAAGAUGCUCUGGUGAAAACAGCGAUUGGUAAUAUGAAAGAUACCACAAAGAGUGAUGACGAUAGUCAGGGCAUUCCUAUUGAGGGAGAUGUUAAAGAUGAGCCUGUCUCAAAAAACAAAGAAUAUAGAACAGAUACCAACAUCGAACGAUCAAGGAAUAAGGAACGGGAAAGAGAAAGAGAUAGAUACAAGGGUCGUGAUCGUGAACGAGGGAGAGAUUCUGACAGGGAAAGGAAGCGCGAUGAUGUCGAGAGAGACCGAGAAAAGGUAAAAGGUAGGAGACACAGGUCAAAGGACCGAGCAAAGGAUUCAGGAUAUGCUGAAAAAACGAAACACCAUUCUUCGCGAGAUCGCUCAUACUCUUCAAGGGAGAAGGAUCGCCACAGACAUCAUUCGUAUGGCUAAUAUCUACUGGAAGAGGCUCAGAUAGAAUUGUAUUUGUUCUGUUCACAUCACUUCCAUUUAUGAAGCAUUAUGAAGGUUGACAUUCACCUGCCUGAUGCUUCAAUAAUGUGAAGCUUAUUGACAUUUUCACACUUAAUGACCUAGUUUGUGUUAGAUUCUUUUUUAAAAAAAGAGCUUGAACAA